AGUGUCCCGGGCGCAGGGCGCGCGUGCGGCGGCGGCGGCGGCGGCGGCGGCAGCGGCGGGGAGGGGCCGGCUGCGCUCCCCUCCUCCCUCGCAUCCCCGGCCCCGCGCGCGCCCAGCAGAAGCGGAAACAGCAGCGCCGCCGCCGCUCCGCCGAGGCGCUGCGCCCCCCCGAGGGGGGGGAGGAGGAGGCGGGCAGCGGCAGAGGGAGGGGAGCCCGGGAGGGGGGCGCCGCGCUGGGAGGGAGGCAGCGCGCACGGUGCAGCCGGGCCGGGCGGGAGGUAUGGCGGGGCCCCCGGCCCUACCCCCGCCGGAGACGGCGGCGGCCGCCACCACAGCGGCCGCUACCUCGUCGUCCGCUGCUUCCCCGCACUACCAAGAGUGGAUCCUGGACACCAUCGACUCGCUGCGCUCGCGCAAGGCGCGGCCGGACCUGGAGCGCAUCUGCCGGAUGGUGCGGCGGCGGCACGGCCCGGAGCCGGAGCGCACGCGCGCCGAGCUCGAGAAACUGAUCCAGCAGCGCGCCGUUCUCCGGGUCAGCUACAAGGGGAGCAUUUCGUACCGCAACGCGGCGCGCGUCCAGCCACCCCGGCGCGGAGCUACCCCGCCGGCCCCGCCGCGCGCCCCUCGCGGGGGCCCGGCCGCCGCGCCGCCGCCCACGCCCGCCCCGCCGCCGCCGCCCGCGCCCGUCGCUGCCGCCGCCCCAGCCCGGGCGCCCCGCGCGGCUGCCGCGGCCGCCGCCACUACAGCGCCCCCCUCGCCCGGCCCCGUGCAGCCGGGCCCCCGCGCGCAGCGGGCCGCGCCCCUGGCCGCGCCGCCGCCCGCGACCGCCGCUCCUCUGGCAGUGGCGCCUCCGACCGGCCCGCGUCGCGCCCCCCCGCCCGCCGUCGCCGCCCGGGAGCCGCCACUGCCGCCACCGCCACAGCCGCCGGCGCCGCCACAGCAGCAGCAGCAGCCGCCGCCGCCGCAGCCACAGCAGCCGCCUGAGGGGGGCGCGGCGCGGGCCAGCGGCCCUGCGCGGCCCGUGAGCCUGCGGGAAGUCGUGCGCUACCUCGGGGGCAGCGGCGGUGCCGGUGGCCGCCUGACCCGUGGCCGUGUGCAGGGGCUACUGGAGGAGGAGGCGGCGGCGCGAGGCCGCCUAGAGCGCACCCGUCUCGGAGCGCUCGCGCUGCCCCGCGGGGAUAGGCCUGGACGAGCGCCGACGGCUGCCAGCGCCCGCGCGUCUCGGAGCAAGAGAGGUGGAGAAGAGCGACUGCUCGAGAAGGAAGAGGAGGAAGAUGAUGAUGAAGAUGAAGAUGAUGAAGACAAUGUGUCUGAAGGCUCUGAGGUACCCGAGGGCGACCGUCCUGCAGGUGCCCAGCAUCACCAGCUUAAUGGUGAGAGGGGCCCUCAGAGUGCCAAGGAGAGGGUCAAGGAGUGGACACCUUGUGGACCUCACCAGGGCCAGGAUGAAGGGCGGGGGCCAGCACCAGGCAGUGGCACCCGCCAGGUGUUCUCUAUGGCAGCCAUGAAUAAGGAAGGGGGAUCAGCCUCUGCUGCCACUGGGCCAGACUCCCCAUCCCCCGUGCCUUUGCCCCCAGGAAAACCAGCCCUGCCUGGGGCCGAUGGAACCCCCUUUGGCUGUCCUUCUGGGCGCAAAGAGAAGCCAGCUGACCCUGUGGAAUGGACAGUGAUGGACGUGGUAGAAUAUUUCACAGAGGCUGGCUUCCCGGAGCAGGCCACAGCUUUCCAAGAACAGGAAAUAGAUGGCAAGUCUCUCCUGCUCAUGCAGCGGACAGAUGUGCUAACCGGCCUGUCCAUCCGCCUUGGCCCAGCCCUGAAAAUCUACGAGCACCACAUCAAGGUGCUCCAGCAAGGCCACUUUGAGGAUGAUGACCCUGAUGGCCUCCUAGGCUGAAUGUCCGGUCUCACCCCUGCCCCUACCCUUUCUAGCCCCAUCUUACCCAAGUCCCCUGGAGUCCAGGGGUUGGACUAGGGACACUCUCGGCCCUCAUAACAGAUUCCAGUGCGGGGCACCCUUCCCUACUCAUCUCUUCCCAGAGUCUCCCCAACACACACAUCUGGCAUCGAGCACAUCCCAGACUUCCUGAUGGAGGAGUGUGGGGUGGGACAGGGCCUGCUCAUUUCAUCCCAGGAGGCCCAUCCCCACCGCCACCCCCAACCUAGGACAUUUAAAAAGAAAAAAGAAAUGGGGGCUUCCUAUCUCCCAUAGAUCUUUAGUUCAGCCAGAUGUUUCCUAUAUAAAUGAUUUGUUCUGCCUGUUCAUUUUGAUGGGUGGCCUUUCUUCCCUCCCCCACCAACCAGGCCCCUCCUUGGUCUACCCUCAGCCUCCAUCCCCUGGGUGGGGUGAGAUCAGUGGGUCUUCCCUACUCUUUCUGUUGGUUGUCGCUCCAGCUGGCUGUAUUGCUUUUUAAUAUUGCACCGAAGAUUUUUUAAAUAAAGUUUUAAAAAAAAAGAAAAGAAAAGAAAAGAAAAAAAAGGCCAGGAGUCCCAUUUUGUCAAUGGAGUUGGGGAAGCAGGUAUUGGAAGAGCUGUACCAGCCUCCUGGGAGAGCCGGGUUAGUACUGAAUUGCUCUUGAAGGGAGCCAGGUAGUGAAUGGGCUGCCUUGCAGCGGCUGUAAUAGUGAUUGCUCCAGAAGGACAGGAAUGUUAGCUUAGUUCUAUCAUCUCCCCAUGCCCAGAACAGUGCCUGUAACAGUAGGUGCUUAAAUGUUUGUUGAGUGACUAGCG